CCUUGGAGGGAAACUUCUAGAAGUGAGCUUUUAGUCAGACCGAGAUGAACCCUGCCAGCAGCUUAUUGAAUAGAAGGGAUCCAGCAAGGGCGGAGACCACUGCCCCGAUAUCGGGCUUCUUUUUUCCGCAGAGAGAAACGGACCGUCAUCCAUUUCGAAGGACUCAACCACGGGUACUCCGGAGCAAGCUGGCAGCGGGAAACCUGGAGCAAGGUGAAAUCAGCCAACCAUAGCGAUGGAUGAAGGGGGUGAGCGAGAUGAGCCCAUCUCUGCUGGGAAACAGGAAAUGCGUAGGCGGAGGAAGCUCUCCCAGCCGAUGAUAGACCAUUACCAGCAGACGGAUGCCAUCGAGAAGAAGAAACUGGGAUCCGCACGUUACUCUGAGGCCAGAGACACCUCGAGCGGGCAAGACGUGGCCUCGAAAAUGAGCCAGACCGACCACGCUCCCAGUGGGCCCGAGGACAUCGUCUUAUCGUCUCAGCUCCGGCAAUCCUGGAAGAGGAGAAAGCGCGUCCAGGACAUGGUAGAUGAAGUCCAGCAGACGGAUAAAAUUCAGAGAGAGAGAAAAAAGAAACCCAAAAAAGCAUCCCCACCAUUAACGAAGAAAGAGUCUGUCCUCGAUGUGCCACCCGAACCUGUAAUCGAAGUGCCACAGGUGUCUCAAAGUGACGAUAAGGAAUAUGACGAGGUGCUUAUACAAGUGGAAGAAAAGACGCACGUUCCAGAGCUGGGGGAAGAGGAGGAGCAGGAGGAGGUGACCAGGGAGCCAGAGGUAGAGGCACCCAUUCCGGAGCCCGAGGAGGAGAAGGAGGAGGAGGUGACCGGGCAGCCAGCUGAGGAAGCCCUCUUGGAGGAAGAGAAGCCCGAGGAAGAACCCGAAGUCCCGCUCAUCCCCGAGGAGAGUAGUUUCUUGAUAAAUCGGUCUCAGCAGACAAGCUGCACUGGAGAUCUGGAAUUGUUUUAUAACGCAUCAUCAAAAAAGAUGGUGGACAAGUGGCAACAGACCAACCCGAGCCUCACGGACGUCCCGAAAUUUGUCCGGCACAGCCGGCCUGCGAGCCAAGCGUCCAUUUCCAAAACCCCGGAGAGAGCCGGCCCCGAGGCCCCGGCGGGGGAAGCGGCAGAGGCCCAGGGCCUGGAUCACGUCCGAGGGGGCCCGAGGAAAACUUCGGCGACGCCAUCCGCCGAAGGAGGCGGCCCGGAAACGGCAGCGGCAGAAACCGGUGCGAAACCUCCAGAAACAGCCGCCGGUGUGGAACCGAGCGAGGCUUCGGUGCCCGAGUCCCCGGGAGAAGAAGCUGGGCAGGAAGCGUCGGCUGUGGAGACAGUAUUGCAUCCGGCAGAAGAAGCCGCCGGCAAGGCCCCCAGCACAGCUUCGGGGGCUCUCUCGGCCAAAGAAGCAGGCCUCGACACACCGGUGGCUCACGUGGACCCCGAGGCAGAAGUGCCGGCAGAAUCCCCCGCGGCGGAGACUGAAGGAUCCGCCUCGGGGGCUCCUCCGGGGGGCACCAACGGGGACUCGAGCGGAGCUCCCGUGACUCCGCCACAGGACGAAGCCAGCCCCGAGGCGCCGGCAGCAGAGCCAGAGACACCCAGCGCGGACACACACUCGCUUGGGCCAGAGGGACCAGCGGAAGCCCCGGUAGCCGAGGAAGAGACCCCGGUGGCCGAAGGAGAGACCCCAGUGGUCGAGGAAGAAGCCCCGGUGGCCGAGGAAGAGAUCCCGGUGGCGGAGGAAGAGACCCCGAUGGCCAAAGAGGAGACCCCGGUGGCCAAGGAAGAGACCCCGGAGGCCCCUGCGGAUCUUUCCAGCGGGGCUCCGAGCAGAGCUCCGGCAUCCCAACCCGCCGAUGGAGAUGGCCCCGAGGCAGUUGUAGCGGAAUCACAGGGUCCGGCGGAAUGAGCAGCCCUAGGCCGGAGAAGAGGCCUCGGGGAAGGGUGGCGAGCAGAUGGAAAAUGAGCAAUAAACAAGGAACCGGUUUUACA